AUGGAUAGUCAACAUGAAUCUCCUGAAUAUCAAUACAGAGCAAGAACAAAUAUUCGUGGACGACCAUUACAUUUUUGUAUAAUUUUAGUUUUACUUUUGUUCAUUUUUCUUCUUGCGGUCGAAUCAGUAGCAUUUAUUGUACUUGGUACAUGGCAUCUUAUUAUUUCACAUCUUGAAACCGUACAUAGUUUUUCAAAUGGAAUCUAUCGUCGUGAGUUAGGCUUUGGCAUUCUUCUUGUUAUUAUUGGAUCAUUAGGUAUUUUAAUGAGUGUUUUGGGUCUUACUGCUUUUUUCACAUUACGUUUAGUAUUAUUGAGAAUGUUUGAAUUAUGUUUAUGUAUUUUUAUGAUUAUUGGAAUUGUGGCUGGUAUUAUUGGUAUAAUUUUUGCAUCACAAGUAGAUGGAUUUAUGGGUCAAUCAAAUACAUCAAACGUAGCUGAGAGAACUUUUGCUGAAGAGAAGUUUAUGUUUGGAAUGAAUGGUGGAUUAGUGUUAUUCAUGAGUUUUACCUUGGUAAGAUUAGUUGAUGUAUCAAUAUCAUAA